CAUGACCCUGAGAUCGUGACCUGAGCCGAAAUCAAGAGUCAGAUGCUUAAUGGACUGAGCCACUCAGGAGCCCCAGGCCCUUUUUCUGUUUAGCUUUGCCAUUUUACAUUUUACUGUGUGUGUUCGCUUCUUGAACUCUUGCUAGUAACUUGGCCAAUUUCGUGAAGUCUGGUUUUUGUUUUGUUUGUUCUUAAUGUAUUCUGGGCCCGCGGGUAUUUUUACUUGGUUACCAUGCUUUCUUGUGUAUAAUUUGCUUUUUAACUUGCCUUUUCUACUUUUUUUCCACCAAGCAGCGCUCUCAUUUUAUUAGCAUUCCCUUAUCAAAAAUUGGGUUGGAUAUUAUAUUUGAAAAUGCGUAAUUAUGUUGUAUAUACAUAAGAUUUGCAUACACCUAUUCCCUGUUGUUUAUUUAGAAUGCAAUUCAAACCUAUUUCUUAAACAUUUUGUUUCUUGAACUACUUGUUUUACUCUAAUAAUAAUAAUAGUAAAUGUUUGUUGAGCUCUUGCUGGGACUGAAAUUCUGUAGCACCUCUCUUUAUACUGUAAGAUUUACAUUAUUACCAUUUAUGAUAGCCUUUGUGUGAAUGGACUGUAUUCAUCUUUGUAACCCCAGCACUGUUCCAUAGUAGACAUUCAAUAAUUAUUCUUUUGUGAAUGGUCUUUGAGCUAUGAUCUACAAGAGCAUUUCUGCAAGACUUCUGCAAACAAAUAACCGGACUCUCAGUCAGGAACUGUGAAGUGUUCAUCCCUAACUGUAUUCCUCUUCCAUGGGACUGAAUGAAGAGCAGAAAGAAUUUCAGAAAGUGGCCUUUGACUUUGCUACCCGGGAGAUGGCUCCAAACAUGGCAGAGUGGGACCAGAAGGAGUUGUUCCCAGUGGACGCAAUGCGGAAAGCUGCUCAGCUCGGCUUUGGGGGAAUCUACGUACGAACAGAUGUAGGUGGGUCUGGACUGUCACGGCUCGAUACAUCUGUCAUCUUUGAGGCCUUGGCUACAGGCUGCACCAGCACCACAGCCUAUAUAAGCAUCCACAACAUGUGUGUCUGGAUGAUUGAUACCUUUGGAAGUGAGGAACAGAGGCACAGAUUCUGCCCACCGCUCUGUACCAUGGAGAAGUUUGCAUCCUACUGCCUCACUGAGCCAGGAAGUGGUAGUGAUGCUGCCUCCCUUUUGACUGCAGCAAAACGACAAGGAGAUCAUUACAUCCUCAAUGGUUCCAAGGCCUUCAUCAGUGGUGGAGGUGAAUCAGACAUCUACGUGGUCAUGUGCCGAACAGGAGGGCCAGGCCCCAAAGGCAUCUCUUGUAUAGUUGUGGAGAAGGGGACCCCUGGCCUUAGCUUUGGCAAGAAGGAAAAAAAGAUGGGGUGGAACUCACAGCCAACGCGCGCUGUGAUCUUUGAAGAUUGUGCGGUGCCCGUGGCCAACAGAAUUGGAAAUGAGGGACAGGGCUUCGUCAUUGCCAUGAAAGGACUGAAUGGAGGGAGAAUCAAUGUUGCUUCCUGCUCCCUAGGAGCUGCUCAUGCUUCAGUCAUCCUCACCCGAGACCAUCUCAGCGUUCGGAAGCAGUUUGGAGAGCCUCUGGCCAGUAACCAGUACCUGCAAUUCAAACUGGCUGAUAUGGCAACAAGGCUGGUGGCCUCACGGCUGAUCAUCCGCAGUGCAGCAGUGGCUCUGCAGGAGGAGCGGGAAGAUGCAGUGGCCCUCUGCUCCAUGGCCAAGCUCUUCGCUACAGAUGAAUGCUUUGCUAUCUGCAACCAGGCUUUACAGAUGCAUGGAGGCUAUGGCUACCUGAAGGACUAUGCUGUUCAGCAGUAUGUGCGGGACUCCAGGGUCCAUCAAAUCCUAGAAGGUAGCAAUGAAGUGAUGAGGAUGCUGAUCUCUCGAAGCCUGUUUCAGGAGUAGCACCCAGACUUGAUGUUCGGGCGUGAUGGUUAAUGUACACCUCGAAUCAGAGGUUUCAUAUGGACUGCAGAUGAGUCAUGGAUUAGAUUGAAGGGCUGAGCUCUUCCAGGUGGACCCAGAGCGUUGGGAGCAGCAUCAGCUAUAGGACUGGGACAGAGUCCUCAGCAGAACUAAAGGAGCUGCCCUGAUUGAGAUUGUCACAAGAAGACACACUACCUUGUUUUCCUAAUGCAAAAAGGUGACCAGGGAAGACUCACCACCAAGUCAGAGUCCUUUCUUGGAUACAUGUUGUCUUGAUUUGUCUGCAUUUUGGUGGUUCACUGAAUCUCUCUUCCGAAAUCUGAACCCUUCCAUUGAGAGUU